CAACAUGGCUGCCUACAGUUCACCGACGGUAUUUCUAUUUACGCCUUGUUUGUUAUCUGUUUUAAGACGGACAGAGGAAGGAAUAGCCAGUGUCAGAAGUCGUUAGAGUUUUGGUAAGAAGACGCCAUUUCCCCGUCGUGGUGACACUGACCGUUAACAUUACCGACAGCCUGGGUUUGUGUCAUUUUCGGUGUGCCGUCAAGCUGCUCCUCAGUGUCGGGACUGCGAUUGAUUUGCGAUUAUUAUUGCGUUAAGCUAGCUAACGUUGAACUUGAUCGCCGACAUAACUGGAAGUCCAACGCAUAUAUGCUACAUCCGGUAAUAGUCGCUAUGUUUAGACCCGUGAAGUCUUCUUAUUUCAGAGUCAGCCCGGCCAUUGUCAACAGAGAACUCGGCAAGACCAAGAUGAGAUAGCAAGAGGCCAAACCAGAGUGAUAACACAUGAUUUACUACGCGGCAUAGCUCGAGCAAAACUCAAGAGAAAACCGAGUAAAUCACUCAAACAGCAUGUUUGGGAAUCUUUUCGAGGAAGAGGAGGAGGAAGGCUUCUCUUCGACUUCCUCCAGGGGGAGAGUUGCGAAGGGGGGAGACGAGCCACCUCCGCCCCGAGGAAGAAGCAAUCUGUGCGGCAUAAAGAACCAAGGGGGGACCUGCUACCUCAACUCUCUGCUCCAGACGCUGCUGUUCACCCCAGAGUUCAGAGAGGAGCUGUUCAGUUUGGGAGCAGCGGAAUUAGGAUGUCUGGAAGACAAAGAAGAACCAGGGGUCAAAGUCAGAGUGAUCCCGCUGGAGUUACAGAAACUGUUUGCCAGUCUGCUGUUGGUGGACCAGCAGAGCGCCUCCACUGCCAACCUCACCAACAGUUUCGGCUGGAACAGCAGCGAGGGAACAAAUCAGCAUGAUGUGCAGGAGCUGAACAGGAUUCUGUUCAGUGCGUUGGAGCACUCUCUUGUGGGCACCACUGGGAGUACAUUUAUCCACCAGCUGUAUCACGGGACCAUUGUCAACAGUAUUGUCUGCAAGGAGUGUGGGAACGUCAGCCAGAGACAGGAGGACUUCCUGGACCUGACGGUGUGUGUUUGUGGUAUGUCUAGCCUGGAAGAGGCUUUGUGGAACAUGUUUGUGGAGGAAGAGAUGUUUGAGGGCAGUAACCUGUACCGCUGUGCACAGUGCGACAGGCUGGUCACUGCUGCCAAGUCUGCCAAGCUGAAGAAGCUUCCUCCAUUCAUGACCAUGUCCCUGCUGAGAUUCAGCUUUGACUUUGCCAAAUGUGAGCGAUACAAGGAGACGGGACGCUACAGUUUCCCCUUAACCAUCAACCUACUGCCAUUUUGUGAAGAGACUGAUGCAGAGGACUCUGAUUACUGCUACGAGCUGUUCUCUGUGAUCAUCCAUAAGGGAGGCUGCUAUGGGGGCCAUUACCAUGUUUAUAUCAGGGACAUUGACCAGCUUGGCCAAUGGGAGCCACCGGAGGAGGAAUGCAAACCCAAGACUCAGAAGAAAGUCACGGAGGAAGUGAAGCCAACGUGUGAGCCAAAACUACAAGAAGACGACCCUUUGUCUGUCAUCGCUGCUAUUAUUGCCCAGGAGCCAUCAAAGAGUGUCCUGGCAGACCAGUUGGGACAGAAAAUCAUGGAUAAGCUUGGUUCUUCCUGGAGCAAAAAGUUUAGAAAACACUAUGGCCCCAUAGGAAAGUUCCUGCAGUCCCACAAUGAUGCUUUCAUGUUGGUGUCUAAUGGUACUCGAGUGGCACUGAAGGCGAUUGCAAACCCGUCAAGCCCUGUGACCAAGCCCCCCGGCCCAGCAAAGCCGGCGACUAACUCUGAUCCUUCAACACCUUCAGACCCCAGAGCUGCUGAACAGCAGCCAGAACUAGACCAGAAGUCAGAGCCGGAACAAAAGCAGGGCAGCCACUGGUUUGAUCUUAACGACUCCACGGUGACUUCCAUCAGGGAGUCUGACAUAGAGAAGCAGUUCCAGGGCAAAGAGAGCGCAUACAUGCUGUUCUACAGAAAAACACAGCUGCACAGGCCCACUGAAGCUCUGAACAAUCCCCAAUAUAAGAUUCCUCUUAACCUCAUCCAGAUGGCUCAGGAAGAGAACAUCAAAAUGCAGAAAAUGCGCGAGGAGUUUGAAGCCACGAGUAACACCGUGGUGCUGCGUCUCCAUCUGGCACCCUCGUACAGGCUAGAAUAUGGAGCCCUGCAACCAAUCAGCAAAGAGCAGAACGGGAGCACCACUCUGACUUUUGACCGCAGAAAGACCGUGGGAGAUCUUCGAUUGGAUAUUUAUCAGAAGCAGGAACUCUGGGAGGGGGAUAUGGCUCUGACUGUGGCCAGGAGUCUUCCUGCAGGUCUACACCUCUACAAUACUUUAACAGACGACAAUGUCUCCCUGUAUAGUGCAGGCAUUUGUACGAACUCUGACCUGUUUGUGUGGAACGGUAGAGAGGUGUGUGGUGCGACUGUCCUAACUGGAGCCGAGUGGGAGCCGGUGCUGCUGAAUGUAGUCCGUCCCAAUUUCGGGGAAGAUGAGGAUCCGGAGGAGGGGGAUGGGUUGGAGUCUGUGGAGGAAAGAGGAGGUUUUGAAAAUGGGGGGCCAGGGCUUAAAAGGGAGGCCAGAGGGUUUGCAGGUGCUUCGACUCUCGGGGAGGUGAGGGAGGCACUAGGGGAGCCGGAGGAGAGUCUGCUGUGCCAGGAGCAUAAGGGAGGAAAGAGGGAAGAGCAGGGGACAGGAGAGGGAGGAGGGGCAAGUGGAUGGAGGGUGUUCCCCCCCGGUGAUAUGCAACGGACGCUCAAGGAGCUGUCGCUGAAAGACGGAGAUGCGCUGUUGGUGCUGGAGCCACAGUCCUUCGACAGCAGCAUGUUCGCUCUAAACGGAGACGUCGUCACUGUGACCACACCGUCGGACUGCCGCUGGCUCCAGGUGGAGUUUGGACCACAUGGAGGGGAAGGAGGAGGAGGAGAGAGGGAGAAAGAAGAGGAGAGGAGGAAGAUCAAAGUUCCAGCUACAGGGAAUAUGCUGCUGUGUGAGGUGAAACAGAGGGCCAUAGAGGAGCUGCAGCUACAGGAGCAACUCACAGGUGCACAGUACUGUCUGAGGCAUGUGGACUGCACAGGGAAACUCCUUCCUCCAGUGUGUGAAGAGCUGAGUGUUCGGGAUGCAGGGGUGCGACUCAUGACCACACUGACUCUCUGUCCGGGAAAUGCCCCCAAGGCAUCACAGCUUUUCUUGCACUUCUCUGUGGGCUCAGCGCCCUCUGCUGGCAUGGAGAUGGACAUCAUGGUGGAGAAAACGUGUACCGUCAAAGAGUGUCUAAAGGCAAUGCUGGAGGCUGUUGGACUUGAUGGCACCUGUUGGCACUUAAGGAGGCUCGAUUGGUGUGAGGAGGUUGGAGAGCCGAUUAUGGAUGAGGAUGCUUCUCUGUCAGAGCUGAAGAUAAACAAUGGAGAGACAUUAGUCGUCACAGAAGGACAACUUCCUCCGAAGGGGUUUCUCAAGCUAUCUGUGUGGCUGUGUCUGAAUCCCAGUAACAACUCGGCAGUUUCCAUGGAUUUUAAUCACACUGACAACGGCCACACUGAUGUUGUGGCCGCGGGUGACUCACCUCCUCUGGGUGCCGGCAACACGGCGGAGCUGAGAAGUGCAGGACAGGUGGAGAUAUCGGACGAGGCUACCCUGGAGGAUCUCAAGACGCAGGUGUUGACACUGCCGGCCCUUCAGGAUGCGUGUGUGCCAACCACUGCGUUCAUGCGUGUGUGGCAGCUUGAGGGCCGGAGGCUGGCACGUAUCCUCCGAGGACAGCAGCUCACACUCAAGAAAUUGAAGCUGCCCAGUGGUACAGACCUCUGUGUGCAACAGCUACUAACAGAAGAAGAUCUUGGUCCUAAAGAUGUGAUGGUGAGUGUUAGAAUGGGAGUCCCAGGGGAGAGGGGUUUCUACCCGCCAGAGGAGCUGGUUUGGGAUGCAACCCGUGACUCUUCCCCACGGUCUCUACGCACUUGUCUGGCUGCACACUACGGCCUCUCCCCUGAUUCUCUGCUGUUGGCCAAACACCAGCCGGACAAACACGCCUGGGAGGAAAUCUCAAACUGGAGUCAGCAGGUUUCCAAAAAGAAAAAGAAGAGGAAGGCUGAAUCACUACUGGGGGCACCAUUUCACCUCAAAGAUGGCGACACAAUCGGCGUAAAGAAUCUUUUGAUUGAUAACAACAGGGACUUCCUCACCCUGGAGGAUGAGCAGGGCCAGCAGAGGCUCAGGGAGCAGGCAGAGCAAUGCAGGAAAGGAGGGCAGGCUGCGGGCUCCGAGGGUGUUGGACCACAGAAGAAGACCGGACCGACCAAAUCCAGGAAACCAGAGGUAGCGCUAUCGAUCAACGUGGGUGUAUUCAGAUAGCACUCUGCUCCCAUGGGUGCAUGGACGAAUCAAACCUACCUAUACAACUGCACGCACUUACACACGGAUGCAAUUGGGACAAUCCACUUGACGUCAGUCGUAUGCCAUUUUCUUUUCUGUAUUUCUCCACAAAUCUUUCAAGACCGACUAAAAUCUAAUUAUUUUAUUGACAGGAAGAGAAGGAAUUUCAUUCUGGCAAUUUGAUUAGCUGUUUUUUAACAAUUGACUGUAAUUUGCAUUAUUUCUAUACAAUAUUACUGGAUUUCUUGUAAGACGCCUCUCUCUACAACCACCACUCAUGCCCUUUAUUAAAUGAAAUUGCAGUUUUAUUAUCCGAGAAAGAUUUGAAGAGAGUUUGACCAUUAGGCCAUUUGUGCUGCAUGGAUCAGUAGCUAAGAGAAGCAGAACAAACUGUUUGUUCUCCUCUUAAGUGUUUUUGGGCUAUUGCAGGCUGGAUGUAUAGUCAUGCUUGUGUAAACUGGAGUUUCUUUCUCAUUUACAGUUUUGUAUAAACUAUAGCAAUCAGGGAUGAUUGCAUCUGUGUUGCCAUCUGCUAGCGGCUCAAACAUUUACACUUGUUUUAAUACAUUUUUCAGUACAACAAGCCAUUAAUAGAAGGACAUCAACAUCCAUUAGUUGUUGUUGUUGCCCAUAGGGUGUUUUAGGUGAUGCUCAUUUUUAUGACGAACCUGUCACUGUGCGCCGAGAACAAAAGAGCGUUUAUCUGCAUCAUGGGCUUGUUUUUAGGUUGAUAAAAGAGAGG